UUAUGAGCUCGCGUGGGAGCUAUGCGAAAGAGUCCCCUAGUCGCCUCCAACUCCGAGCGGGGAACCACCGGUCCGCCGCAGAUGCAGAACGCCAACGGCACCAUCCUCCAGCUCUACCACUCCGGCAGACUCUCCGCCGCGCUCCGCGCCUUCGAGUCCCUCACCUCCUCCUCCCCCGCCUCCGCUCCUCUCUCCGCUGCCGCCUACGCCGCGCUCGUCGCCGCCUGCUCCCGCCUCCGCUCUCUCCCCCACGGACGCCUCGUCCACCGACACCUCCUCGCCUCCAAUGAAGCACUCCUCGCCGGUAACACCGUCCUCAGCAACCACCUCAUCACCAUGUACGGCCGGUGCGCCGCCCCCGACUCCGCCCGCAUGGUGUUUGACGGAAUGCCCGGCAGGAACCCCGUCUCCUGGGCCGCCGUCAUCGCGGCGCACGCGCAGAACAGCCGUUGCGCUGACGCGAUGGGUCUGUUCUCUUCCAUGCUGCGGUCUGGGACCGCAGCCGACCAGUUUGCGCUUGGCAGCGCUGUCCGCGCCUGCGCUGAGCUUGGGGACGUGGGCCUUGGGAGGCAGGUGCAUGCGCAGGUUAUAAAGUCGGAGAAUGGCAGUGACUUGAUUGUGCAGAACGCACUCGUCACGAUGUACUCCAAGAGCGGCUUGGUUGGGGAUGGGUUCAAGCUCUUUGAGAGGAUUAGGGACAAAGACUUGAUAUCUUGGGGAUCGAUUAUUGCUGGGCUUGCACAGCAAGGGUGUGAAAUGGAGGCACUACAGAUUUUCAAGGAGAUGAUUGCUGAGGGCAUGCAUCACCCCAAUGAGUUCCAUUUUGGAAGUGUCUUUAGGGCAUGCGGAAUUGUUGAUGGUUUGGAACAUGGGGAGCAGAUUCACUGUUUGUCUGUCAAGUAUAGAUUGGACCGUAAUUCAUACGCAGGGUGCUCAUUAAGUGAAAUGUAUGCCCGCUGCAAUAAGCUUGAUUGUGCGAGGAAGGUGUUUUACAGGAUUGAGGCACCUGAUUUGGUUUCUUGGAAUUCCUUAAUAAAUGCUUACUCUGCUGAGGGACUCCUUAGUGAGGCUAUGGUCCUGUUCUCUGAGAUGAGAGAUUCUGGUCUGAGGCCUGAUGGUAUUACUAUUAGGUGUUUGUUAUGUGCGUGUGUCGGUUGUGAUGCUUUGCAUCAUGGUAGAGCGAUCCACUCCUACUUGGUCAAAAUGGGUUUAGAUGGGGACGUUUCAGUAUGCAAUGCUUUACUCAGCAUGUAUGCAAGGUGUAUGGAUUUCCCCUCUGCGAUGGAUGUCUUUCGUGAGACGAAUGAUUGUGACGUUGUCACCUGGAACAGCAUUCUUACUGCUUGUGUACAGCACCAGCAUCUGGAAGAAGUAUUUAAGUUAUUCAGCCUCUUGCACAGAUCGGUGUCAAGUCUGGAUAGGAUCAGUUUAAACAAUAUUCUGAGUGCUUCUGCUGAUUUGGGUUACAUUGAAAUGGUGAAACAGGUUCAUGCGUAUGCCUUCAAGGUAGGACUGGUGGGUGAUACGAUGCUGAACAAUGGUCUGAUUGAUACUUAUGCUAAAUGUGGAAGUUUAGAUGAUGCCAAGAAGCUCUUUGAAAUGAUGGGCACUGGCUGUGAUGUGUUCUCUUGGAGCAGCUUGAUUGUUGGUAAUGCUCAGUUUGGUUAUGCAAAGGAAGCGCUUGAUUUAUUUGCCAGGAUGAGAGACCUAGGAAUCAAGCCGAAUCAUGUAACCUUUGUUGGGGUUCUCACAGCAUGCACCCGUGUUGGAUUUGUCAAUGAAGGUUGCUAUUACUACAGUAUUAUGGAGCUUGAAUAUGGCAUUGUUCCAACAAGAGAGCAUUGUUCAUGUGUCAUUGAUUUGCUGGCACGUGCUGGGAGGCUAAGUGAGGCAGCCAAGUUUGUUGAUCAAAUGCCGUUUGAGCCUGAUAUUGUAAUGUGGAAGACACUACUGGCUGCUAGCAGAACACAUAAUGAUGUCGAGAUGGGGAAGAGGGCAGCAGAAGGUAUAUUAAAUAUUGAUCCUUCUCAUUCAGCAGCCUAUGUCCUGUUGUGCAACAUAUAUGCUGCUUCUGGCAAUUGGAAUGAGUUUGCAAAAUUGAAGAAGGCUAUGAGAAGCAGUGGUGUUCAGAAAUCACCUGGAAAAAGUUGGAUUAAACUCAAGGGAGAGCUAAAAGUUUUUAUCGUUGAGGACAGAUCACAUCAAGAGUCUGAGGAAAUGUACACAAUGCUGGAGUUAGUUGGAACGGAAAUGAUGAAAGCUGGUUAUAUUCCACAACUGCCAUGUAAAUAUGCUAGUUUUGAUCAUACGGAUAAUGAAUUGUCAAGCGAAGAAAAUGUUAGCUGAAUAUGGAUGAGUCAGUUCAUAAUAGUUAUUGCUGACUUUGAGGAUUUAUCAUUUAUGUCAUAAAAACUUCUUGUCAGUUGCCCAAGAAAUCCUCUGAGGUUUUUAAGAACUGCACUGCAAAACAUAGAGAAGCCACAAACUUACCUUUAUGCUGCAUUUUUCUGACUCGGUAACAACAUGUUGUGGAUUACCCCUUUCCGUGAAUGAAAGGAAAGAAAGAAUGUACAUAGUGAUCCUGCUAGAGGGGAGUGAUCUUGCUAUUUGAUAGAUAAAGGGCAGGUUAGAUCUGUUUGAGUUGCCACAUAUUCAUUCUGAGUAUGUUUCAAGCCAGUGAGCAAAAAACAGGAAGAAUCUGAGCUCUUACAAAAUGGUCAAAGACCUGUGUCUUUUAAUCCACUGCUGAGAAACCCUGCCCUUUUUUAGGUUAGCUGCACAUCAGUACCGCUACAGCGCACCUCAUGCAAGCUAUCUGCGAGGAUACAUAUUUGAUGAAGACCACUUUUGCAGAAAUGAAUCCACUAAGAGCAACAGAGACACAGUCUUCUAUCCUCCAAACCUUUCGUCUACGAAUUGGAACUGAUUCUGAGCUGUGGUUGAUUAGUUCGCCACUAGCAGUGAACAGGUAAUCAGAGGGUCAUAUUACAUUUAGGAUGUUGACUUUUUGGAUGGUCGGUGGCGCUAUAAACUCGAUACCGUCCUACGCGAUAUGGAAUGACGGCUCUAGCAACUUGAGGCCAAAGGGGAAGCUGGCAAGAAGAAUGAACUAAGAGGAAAAAACCUUGGUCUAAAAAUAGCAGCGCACCCUCCCAAAUUAAUACUUAGAGCUGAGGUGGAUUGGAACUGCUCGUCAGGAUACAAUUUGGCCAACACAAGUGGUGGCAAUGGCGAGGCCAGAAAGGACGGACCCGAGCAGAUUUAGCUUAAGAUCAGUAACUGAAGCAAUGCCUACUCCAAGAAGUAAGACCAGAAGAGAAAGCCUGAUACUCUCACUGCACAUUGUUGAAUUAGUAUUAGCUCAAUGGAAAUAACAGUAAAUACCGCAAGGACCAUCGAGUCCCAGAAAACAAAACAAAUGUGCAAUUAAUCAUUUGAUCCAAGAGUUUAUGUGAAAAUAUCUGAGAGUUACUUGCCCUCGUGAAUCAAAAAUAUGAUUUCAGAAGAUUUCUGGUGUGUCAUUUUCAGUGUUUACUUCAGCAUUAUACAUACAGCAUCAGUUAUCUUGUAUCUUUGCUUUCAACCUAAACGAGGUCCAGUCGAUAAUUUAUAACUUAUUAAGAGAAAAUACUCAGUUUAUAUUUCAAUACCUGAAUCUUUUCUUCAGGAAAAUUGUCUCCAAUAGCACAGUGAAAGGUAUGAUCGCCAAUUUUGUCAUCUGCAGAACAUUCCAAAUUUUAUGUAUUUGAUCAUGUUUUAUAUUAAAAAAAGUUGAUACCCAGAUGGACCUUACCUGGUAGAAUCCAAUGGAGUUGAAUCCUAAACUGAGGUUGAGAAGGCCAAUCGAGGUGCCGUUCAGCAACCCAAAGAGUAUCACUGUCUGUCCAUCAAUUGCCUUGGGCUCAAAGAAAUGUAAGCGCUGAGCCACAUGGAGGGUGCAGAAGGUCACCAUGAGAUGCCAGCUUGUUAAUGUUGUAGCUGCAUAGGUUCAGAAACAACACAAUUCAGCAUCAAUCUCUGAUGACAAUGGCAACCGAAGAUGCAACAGAGAGUGCAAGUGACCCGAUCACACCGAGCUGGAAACCAGAUGACAUCUUACCAGGUGGUAUUUCUCUGCUUGUCUGAAUCAAAUUAUCAUGAAGAGAGUUAGUUCAAGGUACGCAUACUACUCACUUGAGAAAAAUAAAAGCAUGUCAAGUUUGUUCCUGCCUAUUUGGCUUGAAUUCAUUGCUGCUGUACAACCAUACAGUUUUUUGUUGGAGCAGUAGUGUAUUUAUUCUUGUAAGUUGCCUGUGAGUACAUCUUUCCUUAUUUUUACUCGUGAAAAAUAGUAUCAAUGUUAAGGUUGUUAGAUUAUAAUUCUGAAUAUUAUUACACGUCACAUAGACGUCAGAAAGACCUAAGCUUGGCACUUGCAAUCAGGGUUUGAAAAUUUUGAUGAAAACUGCUCGGUGUUUGUGAUAUUCAGUCCACACCGUAUUCUGAAUUUGACCGGUUUUCAAAUUUGAAAUAAAAAAAAAUAAAAAAUCACAAAAAAUUCUAAAAAUACUAGAGACAAUUCUAAGACAUUAUGUGAAAAAAAUCAAAAAAUAAUAUCGUUUACAUCAUAUUUCAUGAAGAGGAAGUUUGAAAAAAAUUGAUGAAAUGGGUCAUAUGAACAGGAUGAUUUGGCCUAUCACAUUAAGGUAAAGCUUAACAUGCAAACACAUUUUUUUUGUGUGUAGAGUGUAUCUUAAGAGAAUCUUUAAAAUUGGUUUCACUUCAUUUAGAGUUUUAUUAAUUUCUUCAUGAUUUUUUACAAAGUUCAUAAGCAUAAAGUGAACAUGUUAAGAAACGACACUAUAAUUAACUUGUUCAUGUCUACCAUUAUUUUUCCUACAUAAAGCAUAGUAUAAGUAAACUAAUAAAAGUGGUUUCACUAAUUUUGGAGGUGUGAUGGGUGAGUUGUGAAUUAAUCUAGUUGCAACAUAUUUACACAAUCAUGCAUGUUACAAUAACUAUUUCAUGAGUUCAUGUAUUUUUAAAAGACAUAGGAUCAUGUAAAAAGACUAACAAAAUUGGUUUCAUGAUUUGUGGAUUAGCAAAGACUUAACUAUGCAUUUAACUAGGUUUAGCAAAUACAUUUUCUCAUAGAAAAUAUUCAAUUCUUUAUGAGUAUAAAUAUUUUUAUCAUGUAGAUCAUGUUACAAGGAAGUCAACAAAAUUUGUUUCACUUGAUUUGAAGCUCAUAUGAAUUAGUUAUUCAUUUUACAAGGUUGAGCAAUUUUUUGGUUUUUUUGUUGAACUUCACUGCAAUUUGGGAAAUGCGCUCGAUAAAUCAAGAAACUGAACAGUUUUCAAAGAAUUCGUUCAAAAUGCGUUCAAUGUGGAAAAUGCGGUCGGUUUUCGAUGUAUAUUCGAUCGAUUUUUAGUUGAAUUUGAGCGGUUUCCAAAUGAUCGAUUUGAUCGAAUUCUCACCGAAUUUUACAACUUUGACCGAGUGAAUUUGGCCGAAUUCUCACCGAAUUUUGAGUGGUUUUUUGGAUAUUUGCGAAUUUCGGAAAUUCGGUAGGUCCUGAUUUUCGACUAUAAAACGAAUUUGUAAACCCCGCUUGCAAUAACCAGCAUCGGCAUAUUAUAUGUUAGCACCUACUUGUACACCAAAUCAGGCUAAUCAUUACCACGUUAGUGCUAAAAAAACAAGCACAUAAAGCCAAAGAGUGCAAAUGUACUUGCCUAUAUAUUGACUAACUACGGGUCAGCCCAAGAGCACGAAGUGCAAUAUAUGCUGCUUUAUUUAACAUGACUGUACAUUGUACCCGACCUGACUCUCCUGAGCCAGUAGCUAGUCUUAACUGUUGGCUUUUGCCCUAUAAUUUGGAGAGUUGGUACCUUACUACCUACUGGGGCUCAGAUACACAACAAACGAAAGGGUGGUUCCAGUCGCUGUCAAAUGAUUCAUAGGAAGAUCAGAAGAGAAGAAACUGAACACAUGCAAGGUCAUAUAAUCGAUAUCCAAUCCACUGCACCCUUCAUGUGUUUAGUGGUCACUUAGUAUGAUACGUUGCUUUAGAAGUAGCUUUGCAUGGCUGGUGAGCUCGAAGUGGUUGAAAAGGAAAUAUGGUAUCUAGAUGGAAAAUUCUAAUACAUCUAUCUUUCAGACACAGGCUUGCAUGCCUUUUUUUUACAUUGGAUUCUUCUUCCCUUCUCUUGCCAUUUAAAAUGAUGGAGAAAUCAGAAAUUUACACUCUGUUAUACUAGUAGGACUGAAUUUUUUUUCUUUUAAAAAAUGAUGGUAGGAAACAAUGUCUUUUUAUGUUAAAACUUAUGAAAUUCAAUCAGCCUAAAGUAGCAAACUCUCAUGUUUAUGCGGAUGUACGGGCUGACAAGUUAGUUGCGUCUAACAUAGCUAGCAUUUUCGUAAAGGCGCUGGUAGACAGCUGGACUCAAUUAUGUCAUGGGAUUCAUCACAUGAUCCAUAAACUUUUCAGUUAAUCGAAUAGCAUCCAGCAAACGCUGAGUAGGGCUAAUAUGAUAAUAUCAACUGCACUAACUCGAUGUCUGUGAGAUUACUUAUUUUAGUUCUUCUGCUGAUACUUUACCGCUUGGUGAUUUUAUUGAUUUAUGGGUAUGUUGUUUGACAGAGCAUGGGAUCUCAGAAGACACAUGCGAACACCUUACCAGACCAGGUAACAUUCAAAUGCCUAAGUGUGCUAAGAACAAAAUUAGGAAAAAAUGACUAUUGACAUGUGGAAAAUAAAAAAUUCUACAAAUCAUCAUCAAUCAGGAGAAAAUGAGAAGGAUACUCAAUGCUAUUUUUGUGGCUUCAGAUUAUAACAGUGUAAAUUAAUUAGUAGAUAUGUCACAAAUGUUGAUACAAUUAUUUUGAUAAUAAGCAUUAGAGUUCUGUAGCAAAAUAAUUAUUUCUCCGAAUCUGGCAGAGCGAAUGCACAGGGUAUUCAACAAGUUUAUGAAAUGCCUACAUUAUUAGGGGAAAAAACGUAGAAUAAAGAAAUGAGCACAAAAUUUGAACCACAAUCAAAUACAGAUAUUGAUCCCGGAGCACCACUUAACAGGAAUCCAAAACUUAUUAACAUGGAAAGUGGGAAGCAAGUAACAGUAAGAUCAGACGCACUUCGAAUGAAUGAAUGCUUACUUCAGAUUUCAGGCCGGCUCCGCAACUUCUUCUCUGCUCCCUGUCCCUUCCUCCUCUCCAGAUUUCAAGAACAAGAACAGCAGAGAGAGAGAGGUGGCUGUGCUCGCCUUGGAAGAGGAAGAGAGGGAAGGAGAUAAACUUUUAUGUUCAAAGCUUCCAGGGGGGGAAGGUGCAGAGGCGCGUGUGUAUGGUGGGCGAUUAGGCGCUUGCCUCGAUGCUGCUCACUGGUCAGUGGAUGCUUCCUUCACGAGCCUAUAAGGUAUCGUGCAGCAUGCUGCCAUGUUGUUGCUACAGGAGGGGAAAUAGUAUGGUAUAUUUUCGUAGGUGCAUGACAACUUCAUUGUCUACUACUGUAGCAAAAUGUUCUAGAUUUAUAGUCUCGGGCCACCGCCAACAUUGAAAA